AUGACAUUAUUUAUGGAAGAACGUUUAAAGAGAGUCCCUGAUGUUCUUCUUGUUGAUUAUUUUCCAUUAAAUAUCUAUAAUGAACGUCGAUCUGGUAUUCAAAAUUUACCAAUACCCAUAACUGAAAUGUUUCUUCAUAUUUGUAUUUGGAGUUUAGUUAUUGAAGAAAUUCGUCAAUUUUUAUUUGUGAAUUCCAAAAGAGAAUAUGUAUCAGGAAUGUGGAAUAUCAUUGAUAUUCUCGCGACUAUUUUAUAUCUUAUUGGUUUUGUUACGCGAUUUAUUGUUCAUGAACCAUUUUUUGUUGUAUCUAAAAUAUUCUUAUGUCUUGAUUUGAUACUUUGGUUUGUUCGUACAUCAGAAAUAUUUGCUGCUUUUGAAAAAUUAGGACCGAAAUUGAUAAUGAUUUUUAAUACGAUGAAAGAUUUUCUCUUUUUUGUUUGUUUUAUUCUUAUAUUUUUACUUGGAUAUUCAAUAUCAGCAUGGUCAUUAAUUACUACAAACAAUCAAGUUUCUUGGAAUUAUGACAGCAAUGGAUCAUUAUUUAAUGCGACAGUGUCAGGUGAUGCAAGUAAUUUAUGGACAUGGCAAUCGUUACGUGGCUUUAUAAAUUUUGGUGUUUGGAAAAUUUUUGGACAAGUAGAUUCAAUUGGUAAAUANAUAUGA